CUCAGUUGCACUCUUCAUGUUAUCGCGACGACGUCGAUUACACAACCAUCGGAUGGUUGCGCGUUCCAGCUUCCGCGAGCCUAGAUAAGCGCCCACGCCGUCGAAGGGCACUAUCUUUUCGCAACUGAUUGCAAUACGUAUCGGUUGGGCCAACGGACGUAUAAGCGCAAGGACACCCACAAGGAUAAACAAAUCCGUAUCUACAAAGAACCGUUGUCUACGAAGUAGCCACAAGAAAAUAACUAAGAUAAAACGCGACUAUACGAAUUAAAUACAUUUAAAAGUGUUCUAGUUCAACAAAAAAAUACGUGUACAGUGUGUAUUUCAAGGAGAACGUAAUUCCAUUUCCAUCUUUCGUUCGUCAAAUGUUGAACUUAAAUAGAACUUAAUUCAAAAUAAUUCAAGUUCAACGCAACUAUUAAAGUGUGUGCUGUCAGUCGUUAGUUGGGGCUAAGAUGACGAAAACUAAAAAUCUCACAAUUGAAGCUCUGGAAGAGCUAAAACCAAUGAAAAAUGGUGAAUUCCUGGACACCAAGGUGACGAUAGAAGCCGUGAAAUAUGAGCAGCCACCAGAGAAACAUUGGAUUUUACGACGCUUAUACUUUUUGAAUUGGCUGCAAAACUACGAUCGUGAAACUGCCAUAGCGGAUUUAAUUGCAGGCAUCACAUUGGGUCUGACGAUAAUACCACAAAGUAUCGCAUAUGCCUCACUGGCUGGACUCUCAUCGGAAUAUGGCUUGUACUCGGCUAUUAUUGGCACACUUUUCUAUUCCUUAUUUGGCACAAUUCCACAAGUAUCAAUUGGACCGACCAGUUUAAUGUCCUUGAUGGUGCUGCAAUUUGUUGCUGAUCGACCAGUGCAAUUUGUUUUUGUACUCGCAUUUCUAGCGGGUCUUGUGGAGCUUCUUAUGGGCGUCUUUCAGUUGGGUUUCGUCGUCAACUUCAUACCAACGCCAGUAACGAAAGCAUUCACCAGCGCCACCGCUGUCAUUGUCGCUGCAGUGCAAUUUAAAAAUUUAUUAGGCCUGAAAGGAAAAGGUGUACCAUCAUUUGGCGAACUCUUCAAGAGCAUAAAGUACUCGGAUGCCCUACUGGGUUUCAUUUGUUUGGUGGUGUUGCUGCUCUUGAGACAAUUAGCUCACAUUAAUUUCAAGAGGGACACACCGCAUACACGCAGAUUCAAGAAAUUUCUUUGGUACGUGAGCAUCUCACGCAAUGCACUGGUUGUAUUCAUCUGCAGUACAAUUACAUACUUUUGGAUGAAAAAUCGUUCGUUGGAGUCCAUACCAUACACGCUCACCGCCAAGGUUACCUCAGCUCAAUUGUCAUUCAGUUUGCCACCAUUCGCCUUUGACUACAAGAACACAACACUCGUAUUCACCGAUAUCAUACACGAACUGGGCAGUGGCAUUGCUGUGGUGCCCAUUGUGGCAAUUUUGGCGAACGUGGCCAUUGCUAAGGCCUUUGUUAAGGACAAUCGCUUGGAUGCCUCCCAGGAAAUGCUGACGUUGGGUAUUUGUAACUUGGCUGGUUCGUUCUUCCAUUGCAUGCCCACCUGUGGUGCCUUCACGCGUUCCGCCGUCAGUCAGGCGAGUGGUGUACGAACUCCGCUAUGCGGUAUAUAUACAGCUCUCUUGGUGUACUUGGCGCUCAGUGUACUUACUCCCUACUUUGGUUAUAUACCAAGAUCAUCAAUUUCGGCAUUACUUAUUGUUGCUGUGGUGUUUAUGGUCGACUUCUCGCCCAUUAAAGAACUUUGGCGUACGAAUAAAAAAGACUUCUUCAGUUGGGUGGGCUGCUUUAUCGUAUGCCUCGCCACUGGCGUAGAAGUGGGACUGUUGUUUGGUAUCGUGCUGAACAUGAUAUUCGUACUUUUGCGAUUAGGAAAUCCCAAGGUGGAGGUGACGCUGAAAGAGGUGGAAAAUCGUAAUUACAUCUUCGUCAGCCCUACUUCCGAUGUCUACUAUUCGGGUAUCGAAUAUAUACGCGAUAAAAUCAACGACGCUUGUUUGCUGUAUCGAGACGAUUUUCCGAUUGUGUUGGAUUGUCGCCGCUUCAUGCAGUUCGAUGCUACAUUCGUGGAUGUGAUCAGUGCUGUUGCUAAGGAAUUGCACGAACGUGAUGUAUUAUUGGUAUUGUACGGUAUUAGUGACGAAUCCCAGGAGUUAAUGCAUAAAUCGCCGAACAUCAACUACUGUGAAGCUGGUCAUAUCUGCUCGGAUGAUUUGUCACCAAAGAAACAAUAAGUUUGAAGGAAUACGAAGAAUAAUUGAGGCAAAGAGCAACUGAGAUCACAUUUGUAAAUAGAAACUUCAAUCGAAAAUGUAGAAGAAUGCAGUAGUAUUAUUGUUCAUUAAAACCGCGUAUAUUUUAUGUAAGCGCUGGAGAGCACUGGAAACGAUAAAGUUCCACAUUAUCUACUCAUAGACCACAUUAUUGUCAUUGCUAGUUAAUUAAUUGAUAUUAUUUUACUUUUAAUCGUUAUCUUGAAUAAAGUAUUAAAUCUUUUGAAUUAUACAUA